AGCUGAUGCGCGCCCGCCGGCCGGGAGGCGGGAGACGGAGACCCCGAGCCGCCGAGGCCGAGCCGCUCUGCCGGGCGCUGCGGGCCGGGGCCCUGAGGAGGCGCCAGGAGAGACGUCUGCCCGGCGGGAGGCGCCCGGGGCGAGCGGCGCCGAGGCCGCGCCGCGGGGGACGGAGCACGGAGAGGACGCGCGCUGCCCGCCGGCCGAGAGGAAGCGCUCCGCCCGCGCCCCCGACGGCGCCCGUUUCACCACAUCCGCGCCUCGGCUGAAAGCGCUUCCCGGCGCCUGUCACCGGUUCCCUCCAUUUUGAAAGGGAAAAAAGGCUCUCCCCUUCCCCUACUCUUAGGCGCCGGAGCCGGAGCAAUGGCGUUCAGCCCUUGGCAGAUCCUGUCCCCCGUGCAGUGGGCGAAAUGGACGUGGUCCGCGGUGCGUGGCGGGGGCGCCGAAGAGGACGAGGCCGGAGGGCCCGAGGGCGACCCCGAGGAGGAGGACUCGCAAGCCGAGACCAAAUCCUUGAGUUUCAGCUCGGAUUCUGAAGGUAAUUUUGAGACCCCUGAAGCUGAAACUCCCAUCAGAUCUCCUCUCAAGGAAUCCUGUAAUGCACCGCUAGCAUUGACACCACCUGGGGCCAAAAUCCAAGAAUCACAAGAAACUGAUGAACGACUGGUAGCAGAAGUGGUUGAAAAAUGUUCUUCUGAGACUUGUUCUAGACCCUCAGAAAAUGAGGUGUCCCAGCAGGCUAUUGGUUCUUACUCAGUCAAGGAUUUCAAAGAAGAACCCGAACAUGAUAUGAGCAGAAUUUCAGUAGUGAGACCAUUCUCAAUAGAAACCAAGAAUUCCACAGACAUCCCAGCAACUCUUGGAACAAAAGCUGCCUAUGGUUAUGUAACUGCGGUCUCAGGCAAGGCUUUGCCCUCCUGUACGCCAGAAGCCAUCCAGGACAAGGCAAUGACAGAGGGUACCAUGGGGGUUACACUGGAAGCUUCCACAGAAGCUGACCUAAAGGCUAGCAACUCCUGUCUGGAACCUGUGCCCAGCAGAAGCAAACUAAGAAAGCCCAAACCUAUCUCCCUGAGGAAAAAAGUGAAUGGCUGUGAGUUACCAGAAAUGGAAGUUGCUCUGGAGGCCAUGCCUCUCCCCGAGGCAUCCUGUCAGUUCAGUGCUGAAGAAGUGGAUGGGAGCACAAAUCCUUCUUUGCUAGGAAGUGCCAGGAUCCAGAAAUCUCCUGAUGUUAAGGAAACAUCCAGGGCUCCCAGCAGUGACACCAAUGAUUCAGGGGCUGAGCUGCUAGAGGAGUCAAGGAGCUCACCUCUGAAACUUGAGUUUGAUUUCACAGAAGAUGUGGAAAAUGUUGAGUCCAGGAAAGCCAUUCCAAGGAAACUUGGCAGGAAACUGGGUAACAAAUUGACCCCCAAGAUACAAAAAGAUGGUAUUAGUAAGCCAGCAGCAUCUAAAGAUACAGAACAACCUCCAGCUCCAGAAGAUGCUCCUCUCUCCCCAGCACCUUCUAAGCUGGAUCCCAGUCAGUGGGAUAACCCCAACUUUAAUCCCUUUGGGGGCCACUCCACGCUGCAGAACUCCCCACCCCUCUCCUCUAAAGGCUCCUACCACUUUGACCCAGACAACUUUGACGAGUCCUCGGAUCCCUUUAAGCCAACUACAGCUUUACCAAGCAGUGACUUUUGUUCUGCCGCUGCUAAUCAUGUUAAUGAGAUCUUAGAGUCACCCAAGAAGGCAAAGUCGCGUUUAAUAACGAGUGGCUGUAAGGUGAAGAAGUAUGAAACUCAGUCUCUUGCUUUGGAUGGGUGUGCUCAGGAUGAAGAAACAGUGAUCUCCCAGAUUUCAGACAUUUCUAAUAGGGAUGGCCAUGCUACUGAUGAGGAGAAACUGGCGUCCACUUCUUCGAGUCAGAAAUCAGCUGGGGCCGAGGUGAAAGGUGAGCCAGAGGAAGACCUGGAGUACUUUGAAUGUUCCAAUGUUCCUGUGUCUGCCAUAAAUCAUGCGUUUUCAUCCUCAGAAGCAGGCAUAGAGAAAGAGUCGUGCCAGAAGAUGGAAAAAGAUGGACCUGCCGUGCCUGGGCUGUUGGAGUCCCAAAUUGAGAAGGCCCCCGUGUCUGUGGCCUGUGGAGGUGAGAGCCCUCUGGAUGGGAUCUGCCUCAGUGAGUCAGAUAAGACUGCUGUGCUCGCCCUGAUAAGAGAAGAGAUAAUCACUAAGGAAAUUGAAGCAAAUGAAUGGAAGAAAAAAUAUGAAGAAACCCGACAAGAAGUCUUGGAGAUGAGGAAAAUUGUGGCUGAAUAUGAAAAGACUAUUGCCCAAAUGAUUGAAGAUGAACAAAGGACAAAUAUGACCUCCCAGAAGAGCUUCCAACAACUUACCAUGGAGAAGGAGCAGGCCCUAGCUGACCUUAACUCUGUGGAAAGGUCCCUUUCUGAUCUCUUCAGGAGAUAUGAGAACCUAAAAGGUGCUCUGGAAGGGUUCAAGAAGAAUGAAGAAGCCUUGAAAAAGUGUGCUCAGGAUUAUUUGGCAAGAGUUAAACAAGAGGAACAACGAUACCAAGCCCUGAAAAUUCACGCAGAAGAAAAACUAGACAAAGCCAAUGAAGAGAUUGCUCAGGUUCGAACAAAAGCAAAGGCUGAGAGUGCGGCUCUCCACGCUGGACUCCGGAAAGAACAGAUGAAGGUGGAGUCCCUGGAAAGAGCCCUUCAGCAGAAGAACCAAGAAAUUGAAGAACUGACGAAAAUCUGUGAUGAACUGAUUGCAAAGCUAGGAAAGACUGACUGAGUUUUCCCUGUUAGCUCAGCAGAUCUGCAUUUGGCUGCUUCUCGUGACCACAAUUAUCUUGCCUUAUCCAGGAAUAAUUGCCCCUUUGCA